CAGUCCUAGAACACUAGGAGGUUGAAAAGUGUAACAGAAUGAAAUUUUCGGCACUAUUACUCGUUAGCGCACUAGCCCUUGGAUCAGGGAAUUUUGCGCAUCAGUAUAAUGGCCCGAUCCACCUGCCCAUCAUCGGUGAAAAUGGGGUACCCAUAGAGCCCCAAGAGGUACGAGCCGCAAGAGCAAGCCACUUUGCAGCGCACGCAGCUGCAAGAGCUGCAGCAUAUGCUAACCCCGACAAAUCCGACUAUGACAAUAAAAACGAGGUCGAUAAUAACAAUAAUAACAAUAACAACAACAAUAAUAACAACGAUAAUUAUCAACCUCAUCCACUUCCAUCGCUGCAAUCCGUCGAACCUCUUGAAACGUCGAUAUCUCAUCCUCCUUUGCAACCGCUUGUCCCUUGGCCAGGUCCUUUUGCUCAAGUAACCAAUGACGGCACUCCAGUGGAGACACCGGAAGUUGAAGCUGCUAAACACCAACAUUUCCAUGAUUAUUGGGAAGCAGCGAGACGUAAUGCUAUACCACAACACGCCCUCCACGGUUUAACCUACGGAGGAUAUCCUCAACCAGCUUAUUACGGUGGCCAUCCUCACUAUCGCAAACGAAGGAGUGCAUCGCUAUACCCUCACGCUUACCAAACUUCUCAACUUUAUCCUAUCAUCGGACAUGAUGGGCGACCUCUCGAAACUCCAGAAGUUCAGGAAGCCAAAGCCCGUCAUUUUGAACAGUUUCAAAGGGAAUCGGCAAGAAAUGCGCGUAAUAACAACAACAAGCCAUACGAUGGAUUUAUACCAUACACAGGUCAGGUAGCUUUUCCAACUCAGCAUCAGCAGGUUUUCGCUAGUCAGCCAGCUUAUGAUUUCCAACAAGCGUUAGCUGCCCAUCCGCUUUUUAACGGUCAGGCAGCUUUGUAUCCCGCUCCUCCUUCCGUACCGAUACACCACGACUUCGGCGGUGCGUUUGCCGAAACUGCGCCUUCUGCUUAUUCUAAUAAUAUUGGUUAUAGUGGUAGUUAUCACUACCCAGUAAUUGGAGCAGGAGGAGUACCAACCGAAACCCCGGAAGUACAGCAAGCGAAAGCUUUCCACUUUGCAGCGCAUGCCAAAGCGAAAACAGCCAAUCAUUGAUUUUGGAGAUGUUAGCUUAAUAAGCUGACAUCGUUCUAAGUCUGACAAGUGUACAACUUUUAUUGUACGAAAUGUAUAAAGUCUUAUCUUAAUUUUGUAAAUGAUACAAAUUUUACAUUAACUAAGUGUUA